AUGCGUCCAACUUCACUUCCAAAGUGCCUGCUGCAGGUUGCAGCUUGUGGUAUUGCACUCAUUCCUUUCGCUCACGCGGUACCAGCUACUGUUUAUUCAACUGUCACUCGUUAUAGAAUUUCAGUCGUUCCACAAUAUACGACUUAUACUGAUGUUUCUUUUUCGAUUCUUACCUAUACUGCACCCCCCUCGAUUCAUACCGAAUAUGUCACUGCCACAGAAGUUAAGCGUAGAACUACGACUAUCUUCGAUGGAACGACAACUGUGAUCGAGCCGGCUCAAACUGUAUUUGCAUCAGAAUGUGGUAGCACCACACAGUCUUCUUCUGCGGUCUUUUCAUCGGAUAUUAUUAGCAGUUCAACUGUAUCUUCUGAAUUUACUUCAUCUUCUGGUUUCACUAUUCCACCAGUUAACAAUGCCAAUUCUGGAUCUUCAUUUACUAGUGAAGUGUCAUCAACUUCAGUUCCACAAGUCACUUCCGAGCCACCCAUUACAACUACUGAACCUGCAGUAACAGAAGUGGUCAGUACCGAAGAACCAGGGGUUACAACUCUGCCGCCUUCGGAGCCAACUCGCGUUUCAUCUGCCGAUACACCGGCUGGUACUUAUAAUGCAGUGGACUGUUAUUCAGAUGAAGAGGGUACUGGCUUUCCAUUGGCUCCACCUAUCACGGAUAGUACCGAUCCAAGUACUUAUGACACAGUCGAUCACUGCCUUGAAUUCUGCUCUACAGCUAAUGGAGGCAACCCAUUUAGAUAUGCAGGAAUCGGGCCAGGACACUGUUACUGUUCAAAUGGAUUGCUUGAAGCUGAACCAGCCACCGAUUGUUCAUAUCCAUGCCCAGGUGAUUCGACACAAAUAUGUGGAGGAAGUCCUCCUCCCACUAGAAGACUCAGACGUCGUGCACCUGGAACCUCGAUUAUUAUCUACGAGUUGGCUGGAUACGUUCCUCCAACAUCAGUCGUUUCUACAGAUGUUGUUCCGACUGAGACAACAGGACCCAGCUCAACGAGUGAAAUCAUUGCCACUGAGGAACCUGGCGUUACUUCUACAGAAAUAGUUCCUACCGAGACUCUUGGAGCCACCUCUGCGACUGAAAUUAUUGUCACUGAGGAGCCAGGGGCUACAUCUACGGGAGUUAUUCCAACAGAAACUUCAGGACCUUCAACAAGUGACGUUAUUGUUACCGAAGAGCCUGGAGCUACAAGUACUUCAGAAAUGAACACAGAAGGACCAGGAGCCACCAGCACUACUGAAGCUGUCAAUACUGAAGAGCCAGGAGUGACGAGCACCUCGGAACCCAUCGUCAGCACUGGCGAACCAGGAGCUCCAACUACUACUGAUGUCGUCAAUACUGAAAAAUCUGGAGCUAGUUCAACAGAGGCAGCGAGUAGCACUGGCACAGGUAUUCCACCUGUCAAUAAUGUUGGGUCUGGCACUAUGACCACUAUAGCCACUACUGAUGGUAUUGAAUCUACCACUGAGGUAUUCACCGAGCCAGGAGCAACUACCACCUCCGAAGCCGAAGAAACAGGCGUUAGUACAACUUCGGGAGUUGUUAAUACCGAGGAACCGACAGCUAUUACAACUGAAGGUGUCAUUAGCACUGAGCAACCAGGAGUAACUACCACGUCCGAGGUUAUCAACACUGCAGAGCCUGGGGUAACCACAACUUCAAGUCCGGAAGAAACCAUAGCUACAACGACUUCUGAGGUUGUAAAUACUGAGGAGCCAGGAGUAACUACAACGUCGGGGGCUGUUAUUAGUACCGAGGAACCAGCCGUAAGUACGAGCUCAGAAAUUGUGAAUACCGAGGGGCCUAGUCUUACUACAACUUCUAGUCCGGAAGAGACUGAGAUUUUGAGUACCGAGGGACCUGCAGUUACAACGACCUCGGAGGUUGUAAAUACCGAAGAGCCAGCAGCAACUUCAAGUGCCAGCCCUGAAGAAACUGGGCUAGCUACCAGCACAACUGAGAUCAUCAACACCGAAGAGCCAGGAGCAACUUCAACUGUCAGUCCCGAAGAAACCGGACCAGCUACUACGACUUCUGGGGCUGUAGUCACUGAAGAACCAGGAGUUAGUACAACUUCCGAUGUACCUGGGGGCACAAGCACUGGUACUGGCAUUCCACCCGUGAACAAUGUAGGAUCUGGUACCAUGACAACAACCACAACAACUGAAGUAGCCGAGUCUACUAUGGAAGCGGGGUUGACUACUGAAAUUGAAGUCACGACGACUACUCCUCUCUCCACAAGUGCGCAAGGAGUAGCAUCUACAAGCUCUUCCCCAGCAUCCACAUCUAUUGCACCUCCUUCAUAUAAUUAUGUCUGUGCAAGUAUACCAAAUCUGUUCAACGUAGUUAUUGAUGAACCUGGCAAGCCAAAACAAUGGUUAUCUCAACUUAACUAUCCAGAUAGUGGAACUGUUGAAGGUACUUGGGGCUAUGAUACAUUGCCACCCGUAUUAUCGCGCUCUCAAGCAGCUCGUUUCAACAUUGGAUUUGGUAACGCAUUCCAAGCAAAACGUCAUUCUGAUAAUGCCCCAAUCUCAGGUGCUGUGCGAUUGACCGCUCUAGGAUCACCUCUUCAACUUUUCACUGCGGACCAUAUUUCAGACAGCAUGAGAGUAUUUACCGCCAGUAUUGGUGCAGAUUGUUCACUUGGCUUGGAUAUUCCGAACACUGGAGACAAUAUUAUAGCUAUAUGCAGUGGUGUAUUCACUAUCCUGACACCAGCUAAGCAAGCUCAAAGAGGAGAUGCAUGUACUCAAGUUCGAGCUUUUGCUGUUACAGUCAAUGGACCUUCAUCGACAUUGUCAACAAGCAUUGCUUCAAGUACAGGAUCAAGCACAGGAUUGUUUGGUACUGAAGUAUCUGAAACUGGAGCUUCUUCUACUCCAUUGAUCGCAACAACUAUACCAUCUGGAACUUCCGGUCUGGUGACAGGUACUUCAACCUUCUCGCCUAUCACAUCUUCAACUUCAAUUGCUGGAUGUCCUGUUGCACCAUUUUUCAGAAUCUUGGUAAAUCAGACGGGAAUGCCAGCACAAUAUCUGUGGGAUCCUGUCUCAUUUGGUGAUGAUGCUUUAUCAUUCACCACAGAUGCAUCAAAGAGUUUGACCUUCUCAUUAUCACCUACUACUGGCCAACUUCAAUUCAAUAUUGUAGAUUUCUUUGGAAAUCCUGUAUUAUUGGCAUCUAAUCAAGAUACCCACAAUGCUGGAAAUGAAGCAAUUUUCUUCUCUACUGCUACCAAAUAUCAACAACUUGGUUACCAACCUGUUGUAGCAUCUAUCAAUCCAGAUUGUUCCAUCGGUUUGACAUUACCAUAUAAUGCCGCUAAUAUUAUCCAAGCUUGUCAUGGAUCAAUCUACUUGAUGUUGUCACCUGGAGCAGGUUGUGUAACUGUUUCAUUGUUGAUGUUGCCUUUUGAUCCUUCGGCUACAACCACGGCUAUUACAUCUACAACCGGAUCGCUAGCUACCAGCUCGCCCGACUUUACGAACACACCGUCCGGGGUGUCCAGUUCGUAUUCUUUUAUAUCAUCUUCAUUUUCAGACCAGUCAGUUUUUACAACGCGAGGAACUCUGACUUCUUCGACGGUUGGUUCCUUCAUUAGUUCUUCAGCAUAUGAGUCACCUAGUAAAUUUGCCACAAAUUCUUCCUCUAUUAUUAGUUCAUAUUAUCCAUCAUUUACCUCCGAUUCAUUCUCACAAUCUGAAUCCGCUUUACUAUCUCAAACUCUGCAAACUUCUUCUGAACAAGAAUCCCAAAGUGCUUCAUAUACUUCUGAUAUAUUCUCGUUAUCGACUGUACAAUCUUCAUCCAUCAUUGAAAGCUCAAUAUCUGCAGGCUUUUCUUCAUAUGAAUCCAGCUUGGCAUCAUUUUCGGCAUCUCAAUCUUCUGGAUUCAUGACGAGCUUCUCUACAACUUUACUCUUAAGUUUUGAACCUUCAGAAACUCAAAGCACUGCUAUUCCAUCCGUUUCGAGUGCUGAGUCUUCGAGCUUCGGAGAUGGAACUUCCACUGGUAUUCCACCAGUUAACAAUGUAGCUUCUGGUACGACGACAACGACUGAACAAAGUAGCUCGUUUGCUUUGGAAUCAACAUCCCAACCUGAAAUUACUUCUACUUUCGUAUCUUUGUCUGUGUCACAAAAAUCAUCUUUACCACAGUUCACAUCUACUUUGGGGCCAUCAUCUUUAUCCGAAAAUUCUUCCACCAUUGGACAAUCUUCUUUGCCUCAAACCACAACUUCUUCCGAGUUUGGCGAAACAUCAUUUUUGCAGGUAUCUUCGAUCGAGAUCCCCGUUGGCUCUUCUACUUUCUCUCUUGAGAGUUCCGGUUACCAGACUGUAUCUUCCCUGACGAGUUCAGAGAGUACUUCUGAAGCACAAGAGAUGACAUCAAGUCUUGAAGGCCAAUCAUCUAUCUUAACUUCAGUGUUAGAGACUUCUAUUCCAUUGACUACCUAUGUUUUACCAACCUCAACAGAAAGUCUACUUUCGAAUACAGGAAAUCCGUCAACUUUUGGAUUCGAGUCCUCAACAGGAAUACUCUCCAAUUUGGAAUCAAGUACAGUGAGCCUACAAUUAUCUUCGACUGAAACACUUGAUUCGUCGAUCAUAACUCAGAUCUUCUCCACGAGUAUCAUUGCGUCUUUUGAAAGUGGUUUCCAAUCGUUUAUAGAGACAUCAGUUCAAUCAUCUGGCGCCGUAGGUAGCACAGCUGUUUCCUCCUCCUCGGCAUCAUCCAUCAUUCCUUCGAGCAAUGUACAGUUGAGCACACUUGAUGAAUCUAGCGGUGUCUUGUCCACCACACUUGUUAUUAGUUCGUCCGAGUCCGUAUCUCCAAGUAUAGAGACAUCUUUUGGAAUAACGAGCACCUUCGUAGGAACACCAAGUCAAUCAUUCGAGGCCUCAAGUAAUAUUGGAUCGAUUACAUCUAUAGAGACUUUCAUUAGCACCACUAUACUUAUCGAAUCAAGUAUUGAACCGACUCUCGGGGCUACCAGUAGUGUUAUAGGAUCGCCCAGUCAGUCAUUCGAGGUUUCCAGCAAUAUUGGAUCCACUGUGAUUACAGAAACACUGGUUGGCACAUCUAAUGCUAUCGAACAAAGUUCAUUGCCUAAUGAAAGUAGUACUGGUAUUCCACCAGUCAACAAUGUAGCAUCUGGAAGUACCACGACGACGACUUUGGACAUUCAAUCUACAGGUAAUCUCACAACUGAUCUUGGUUCUGUUAUUUCUACGACUGGUACAAUCGAAUCCAGCUUGGCAGAAGGAUUUAGCAGUACUCUAAUUGCAAUUUCGACAUCCACGGGGUUUGGAUUUGUUAUUUCAACACAGAUCUCGGAGAGUGCAUCUGAGAGUACCAGUCUUGGAUUCACAAGCAGUAUUGAAUCUGUUGUCUCUACGAUAGAUUCAAUCGAGCCAAGUCUAUCUGAGGCCACCAGUAAUGUCAUAAGUCCUAUUCAAACUUCCACGGGCCUUGGAGUUGGUACUUCAUCACAACUAUCGGAGAGUGUAUCGGACAGUGUCAGUCUCAUCUUUAUAAGUAAUGUUGGACCGGUCAUUUCUACGACAGGUUCAAUAGAACCUAGCUUAUCAGGAGGGGUUAGUAACACCAUAGGGCCCAUUGAAAUAUCUACAGGUAUUGAAAUCGUUACUUCGACACAAGAAAGUGUUACUUUCGAAUCAACGAGCAGUUUUGGAUCUGUUAUUUCCACGGCGAAUCCAAUUGGUCCAUCCAUCGAGCCCAGCUCAACUGAAGUCAGUGACCCAGCAGGUACUACCAGAACAAGUACGGAUAUUAGUCAAUCAGAACAGCUAUCAGAAACCUCCAAUUUAAUACCCACAUUCACAGGCACGUUCGAGGUGUCGGUUUCGGAAGCAGGUCUUGAUGGUACUGCCCAAAUUACCUCCGGAUCUAAUUUGGCCCAAUCAAGCAGCCUACCAGCGGCAACGAGUGAAUCUUUAUCCUUGAUGACGAGCAUUUUCAAUCCAUUAUCUAGCUCAACUGAAAUUGCUAGCACAUCGGAGUUAUUGAGUGGAGAACCAUCAUUGAUAGUGACUAGUAGUUUGCCAGUCGUCACCAGUGAAUUCACUUUGAUUCCGACGUCCAGCGCGAUUAAAAUUAUCACCACCUCAGGAUUGCUAAGUGAAGAGCCAUCCUUGACUUUGUCUAGUAGCUUACAAGCUAUCACCAGCGAAGCGAGUCUAUUCAGUUCUGAAAGUGUUUUCUCCAGUACAAUUGAGAUCAUUACUGGUAGUACCUCUGAGCUAUCUACUUUGGAGUCAUCUUUCUCUUCGGGAGCCGCCAGUGCACCUGCAUCUUCCACAUCAGAUAUCUCAAUAGUGCCUUCUACGACAACCGGAACCAUUGGAUUGGAAUCUUCCACCAUAGAACCUUCAUUGAUUUCAUCCAGUAAUUCCGGAUUCCUGUCUGAGACGGCCAAUUCUGCUUCUGCAAGCUUCACUGGUACUGAGUUAACUUUUGGUAAUGGUAUUGGACAAAGCGGUAGUAUUUACACAUCCACCACUAGCUCUGGCUUUGAAACUUUGACUGAGACUGCUGUAUUGAGUACAGAAGCCACCUCGACUCUCUUAAUUGUGUCUUCCACGGGGAUUGGAACGACUGAUAGUGGCUUUACACCUUUGACUAGCGCGAUUCUAUCUACCAUAGUUUCUGAACCGAUUGAUAGUACUUCUUUGCCCGUCUUAGAAUCUCAAUCGAUAUCUCCAUCGAUUACUGCUAUAACCCUUGAACCUUCUAGCCUUAGCAGUACACUGGAAACUAGCCCUGUUAUAUCUCUCCCACAGUCAUCAUCAACCGAAAUUGGUAUUAGUACCUCAUCACUGGUGAAUAGUGCUUUGGAAACAUUGAUUGGUCAAUCACUGGGAGAGUCAAAUACUUCUGGGUUGCCUGGAAUAUCGACCGGUAUUCUUGAGUCCUCAGCUAUUUCUACAUCUAUACCAACGACGACCAUUGAGAUUAUCACAGAUUCUGCUCCUUUACAGUCAGAACCGGCUUCAUCUUUCACAAAUGUAUUGACCCCAAGUGGUUCUUCAGCAGCAAUAACCAGUCUUUUCUCGGAGACCACGAGCAGCAUAUCAAGUAAGAUUACAACAUCUGCAGAAAGUAAUUUGGUAUCGUCUUUUACGUCUCAAGAAACUAGCAGCAAUGAUUUCCAGUCACCAAUUCCAUCCCUUUCGACAACUAAUUCUUUGGAUAUCUCAUCAUCACCUUCUGCCGUUUCCGAAAUUGAGACUAUCAGUGUUACUCAAUCAACGAUACUUUCGCUCGUCGAAAGUGAAACACUGCAACCUUCAGACUUGGUCUCUGCUUCUAGUUUCAUCCAAACCUCCAGUCAGAUCACGUCAUCCGAGAGCUCAUCUCUUCCCCCCAUGAGCAUUGGAAAUUCGGAAACAAGUGGCAUAUCAUCGACUCCUAUUGCGUCAAUUGGCUUCAGUAGUACGACUGAGCCCCUUGUAUCCACAUCCGAUGGGGCUCUCAGUGUGAGCUCUGGAUUGAGUGAGUCUUUUAUAGCUUCUUCGACCCUGACCGAUUCGGAUUUUACUUCAAUCUUGAUACUUUCUGAAGGAGGUAGCAUUGGCUCAUCGGGCACAACUGUCGGUGAAAGCACUUCUCUGGUAACUACAGAGGCUUCCUUAUCAAGCGGUUUGGCGGCUACUUCAACAGGCCUAUUAUCUACUUCAAUUCCGUUGGAAACUUUAACGCUAUCUGCAAGUACCAGUGAAGCUUUAUCGAUUACUGCAACAUCGAGCGUUUUAUCAACGGCAGCAUCAUCAUUCUUGGAAUCUGGUGCAUCAUCAACGCAAAGUUCCGCUUCCUCAACUCCAUCGGCUUUCUGCGUGGAAGGUACGGGAUCUAGCACCGGGGAUAACUCUGACCUAUGUGAAUUUACUUGCAACUUUGGAGUAUGUACAGAUCCAUGUACAUGUACUGCAUUUGCGGCCUCAGCAGUUGAACCGCCACCCGAGAUCAACACUCGUGGAUAUGCUCUUAGGGAUUUUGAUGCCGAGACAUACGAUUCACUUUGUGACUUUGCUUGUAGUCAUGGAUAUUGUCCUCCUGAUACUUGUACAACCAACUCGAACGGCUCUCCUGUAUCUUCUAUUUCCGUUUCAGCAACUUCAUUCCCAACUUCUUCGGCGAUUGAAAGUGGUUCUACCUUGUCGACGAUUCCAUCAACUUCGACUGAGAACUCAGAAUCCGAUUCAGUAUCUUCAUUCCAACCUUCAUCGACAGUCACUGGGUCCAGUACUGGCAUUCCGCCUGUAAAUAAUGCGGCAUCUGGUAGUGGGACCUCAAGCACCUUCGAAUCCCAGUCAACUAGUGCCUUGGAAUCUUCUGCAAUUUCGAUAGAUUUGAUGACUGAAAUAUUAAGCAAUGGAGCAGGCUCUUCUACCGUUUUCGGUGCAUCGAGUAGCACCUUGACCUCAAUACCAUCUGAAUCGUCAAUAGAAUCAUUGGUGCCAAGUAGUAUUGAAUCAACUGUUGUCAAUCCUGCUGAGACUUCUGCUGGUUUUACCACGCCGAUUCAAUCAUCUCUACCAGCCUUGACUACUGGAAUCUCAACCUCUUAUCCUACCUUCAGUGAUGAGGUCAUUACUCCAUCUAUUGCCAUCAGUACCACGUUAGAAGCUUCCAUAUCGAUACCAAUCGGAGGAACCGAAACUUCCACGCCAUUCAGUGAUGAAGUCAUAACCCCCACGAUUUCUAUUAGCACUACAUUGAUUGGAUCGUCUGUAUUGCCAUCAAAUACUGGAUUUCAAACUUCUUCUACUCCAUUUAGUGAUGAGGUUAUCACUCCUUCAAUAGCUACUAGCACUGUACCAGCUCAAUUCACUAUAUCAGCUUCGAAUAUUGGUAUUGAAACAUCUUCAGGCCCUUUCAGUGAGGAAGUUGUCACUCCGUCUACUGCACCCACUUCGACGCUAUCUUCUGGUUCCAGCAUUGAAGUCAUAUCCCCCGGUAGUUCUGGACCUAUAAGUUCAUCAAUAUUACCUGAAGCGACAAGUAUAAUAGACGGAACUUCAGAAUUCCCAUCAACGACUGGUACAAUAGCUCAGUCUUCAACCGACUUGGUUGAUAUCGAGACUUCAUCGGGCUCAGAGUCCUUGCCAGCUGUUACUUCAUCUCUUCCAACUGAAUUGUCCUCAAUUUUGAGUCUUUCUACGAGCGAAUCCGGUGCCAUUAUCACAUCAAAUACAGGUAUAGAAACAAGUCUUGGGGCUGGAUUCCCGGCCCUUGAUUCUUCAUUCGUACCAAGUACUGGCAUAUCAACAAUUGAAGUCACUUCAUUGCCUACCGAGGCAAGUCAAACUUCCAAUGGCCCAGGAUUUGAAUCUAGCCUUGCUACCACAUCAAUUUCCGGCAUUGAAACGGAAUCCCAACUCGUUACUUCAGCAGCUACGACUUCAUCUCUCCUAAUUCAAGCAUCUCUAAGUGUCGGCACUUCAACCUUUGAAACAAAUUCAGCUCCUGUGUCAACGAGUGGAAUUGAAUCCACUGGAACAACGGUUCCAAUAGUUGGAAAUUUAGAAUCGGGAACUUCAUUUGGAGCCUCGGAAACACCCAUUAGUACUAUAUUGUUAUCAGUAAUUACGGAAAUCGGUACACUGACGAGUGGAUUUUCAAUUUUACCAACUGAGAUCUCUCCUAGUUUGAGUGGCUCAAAUAUUAUAACAAGUGUGCCUUCCGAGCCUACCUUUACGAGUGGUGUCUCAACCACUGAGCUUCAAUUUACAUUGAGUGCUGAGACCUCGGGAAGCAUCGGUGGAGUAUCUGAAUCUUUGAUUGAGACUGCCGGUGUUUUGAGCAGUACAGGCGCAAACACGAUUGAGUCUACGAAUCCGACUGAGACUUCUAUUGCCUCCCAAAGUUCUAACAUUGAGAGUCAAUUGCUUACCACAAGUAUUCCUGGCCUGUCAGCACUCCCAUCUACUUUGGUUGGAAGCUUUAGUCUCAUCGAAAGUUCCGGGAUCAUAUCAAUUCCAUCCAUCCAGUCCACAGAUUCCGUGAUUGAGUCUCAGUCACAGACCACGAUCAUUUCCAUCGAGUCCGAAAUCCCAUCAAGUUCAGUACUAACCCCUGGACCCACGAUAACUUUAUCUUCCGAAAUUGAAAGUCUUUCGGCAGCUCCAAGUACCUCACUUUCAGGAAUACCCUCAAGUACGAUCGAAAUUUCCUUAAUUUCUUCAGUUCAGACUACUCAAUCUUCACUGCCUGUAGUUGAGCCCUCUACAGCAGCCGCCAGCAGUCUUCUUUCUUCGGAAUUAUCAUCUCAACAGCCCCAGGUAUCUUCCAUUGCUUCGAUAACACCAUCAUCUGUGCCCUCACAGUCUGAAAUUUCUUCUACCGUGGAAGAACUCUCAACUGUAGGUACACUCAUUUCUCUCUCAUCUACGAUUGCUGGAUUUGAGAGCUCUUCCGACAUUGUUCUGAGCACAAGUUCGGGUGCCACCUUAUCUGAGUCCUUCUCCAGCAGUCUUUCUCAACUCCCAUCGCUUACGAAUGGAGGAACUGCCACCAGCUCUGCGGCUGUUGAAGCCAGUAGCACAUUUGGUAGCAGCAUUCCAAUUGUUGGAAAUAUUGGCUCGGGAACUUCCCUUCAAUUCUUAGCUUCGGAAACAUCUCUAUCUAUUUUGCCAAGUUCCUUGACAUCAGAUCUUGGUUCUGUAAGCUCUAGUCUUGUGAUCGUUUCAAGCACGGUCAUUUUGACGGUUGAAUCACAGACUUCCGAACCCAAUUUCUCUUCCACCACUUCCUUGAGAAAUACAGCGCCUUUGGAGACAUUUGUUGAAACCUCAUCAUCGCUACCUGAGCUUACUUCUAGCUCAGAGAGUACACUUCCAAAUACUGGAGGAUCACAAGCUAUAUCCUCGACAGAAUCACUUUCCAUUAGCCCAACUAUUGGCUCAGGGUCUCAAUCUAGCUCUGUACAAACAACUUUCGAUUCUGAAGCUUUGAAUAUUAGCACUGAGCAAGUUCUUCCUUCUAAUGAAACCCCUGAAGUUAUCUCAACCACGCAACCUUUGUCCCCUACUACCCUUUCGAGCAGUGGACUUGCAAAUGAGUCUCCCUCAUCAACACAAGGUAUAUCAUCAGUGGCAACUUCGACUCAACUGGGUGAAUUUUCGUCGGAGAUUUCCAGUUCACAAACUGCGGAAAGAUCUUCAUCAAUACAGCAAGGUCUCUCUUCAACAGUAUUGAUUGAACCAUCUCAGCCAGCCAUAUCCUCCGAUUUGACUGGAAGUGCAACAUCUGAAAUCUUAAGUGCAAGUGCAACAAUCACAAGCCUUGAGACCACCGUGAUCCUGAAAGUUAUUUCGACAUCUGCGUCUGAUUUUGGUUCUGAACCUGAAUCAAUUACGGCUUCAUCUGCUACUGAUAUCCUAGUAUCGAUCGCUCCAAGUCUUUCUGCUUCGGCAUCGGCCUCCCAGAUGAAUUCGGGAUCUUCAGCUGGUUUAGUAAAUUCAGGCUUAGAAUCAAUCACGAUAUCGGCUUCAGAAUCCAAUUUGCAGAGCGCAGCUUCGUCCUCAAUACCCAAUGAAUCUGUAAUUCCGGAAGCAUCCUCGACAGGAGGGCUUCUAGGUACAUUCGUUCCAAGUGCUUCUCAGACAAGCUUUGAAGAGUUCACAUCUUCGAGCACUUUCCCUUCAAGUACAUCAUCAUCGGGAUCUUCCUCUACUAUCGAAUCGCUCUCAUCUGCCAGUGAAUCUGGAACCGGGAUACCUCCCAUCAACAAUGUAGUAUCUGGAAGCACUAGCACCAGUACCGCCUUUGAGACCACAUUGCCAACUUCCGAAUCUCAGAUUUUCAGCACUGAGCAACUAUCUGCGGCCUCCAGUACACAAGGUUUAACAGAUUCAAGCAGUUUACCUCUUGGUACAAGUAUAAAUCCAUCGCUCUCCACCUUGGAAUCAGGAACUAGCUCUAGUACCGAGUCAGCAUCAAGCUCUGAUUUUCCUAGCAUAACGAUAUUUAGUACAAACCCCUCGCCAUCAACUACACUCUCUGGUGCAUCUGCUAGUGCAACGUCAUCAUUCGAUUACAUUGGCUGUUCUUCAAACUCAACAGGCACCCUAGAUGGUCCAACAACAUACUCAUCGGAUAUGACACCAGCUAUCUGCUCAAUCAUUUGUUCUGAAUACGAAUACUACGCAGUUGAGAGUGGGGUUAAGUGUGUAUGUGGCGAUAACAUAGAGUCAGGCGGUAUCUUGUCAGGUGCGAAUUGCACCACCACUUGUGGUGAUGGUAAUGUUACUUCAUCUUGUUCAUUGGCAUCUGCAUCUGCUAGUGCCUCUACACUGGUAACAGUACUGAGGCCAAGAAACAUUGCAGCUACGGGGAGGUAUCCUAAGAGGUUGUAA